AUGAUGAAUACUCGAUCACCGGAUCCAAUAAAUCAACACCAGGCCGAUAGAAACAUUAAUAUGUUAUACAAUGGGAGUUUACAAGGCUAUGCAUCGAAUCCUAUGAAUACUAACCGUAUACACUUUAGUUUGAACCCAUUUACUGCUAUGGAUUCCUCAUUUCUCACUUAUCCUCAAUCUGAUAGGAAUACCUUAUUAUCCAGUGGUCAAUUUUAUCCAAAUACAAUUCCUUAUAGAUUUCCUGUAAAUUUAAAUUCAGAAUUAUCGCAACACCAGCAACAACAAUAUUUUAAUAGUUAUCCUCUCACGGAUCAUAAUACAUGGAAUCCGAUUUUAAUUUAUCUUGCAGCUGCUACUCAGUUUAUUUUGAAUUAUCACUCUUCUAUCGAACAACGACAAUGGCAAUAUCCACAAACGCAAUCCCUUAAUUCACUUGCUGAGCCUAGUUGUUCAUCAAAUGUAUCUGUUAAUAAUCAGACUGUUACACGUUUACAAUCACUUCAAUCCCAAUCGAAUGAUAAUUCACCCCAACUGAGUUCUGAAUCAUCAACGCAUGAACAAUGUAUGAAAGAAAAUAUAAACAAUGUUAAUAAGAAAAAUGAUGCAAAUCUCUCGAAUCGUGUUAAACGUUAUCAAUGCACAUUUCCAGGAUGCUCUAAAGCUUAUUAUAAACGAUCACAUUUAAAUGAACACUUUCAUUUACAUACUGGUGUUAAACCGCAUUUAUGUAAUCAACCAGGUUGUGGCGCUAGAUUUACACGUGCUGACCAAUUAUCACGUCACAGGCGUGCUCAUACAGGAGAAAGAAAUUUCUUUUGUAAUAUUUGCUCAAAACGUUUUAAGCGUAGUGAUCAUUUAAAAGUACAUUUAGCCAGAAAUGUAUGCAGAAAACCAACUUCUUAA